AUGUUCCUCACAGGAAUUCUCAAGUGGAUCCUGGGAGAAUUUUUGUACAAGUGGAUCCGGGGAGAAUCAAGAACAGAUAAAAAUUCGAUUCAUGAAGUCACCACUGCUUCUACUUCAUCAUCAUCAUUAUCAUCAUCAUUAACAAAUCAAUACAGCUACGACGUCUUCCCAAGCUUCUCAGGUCAUGAUGUACGCAGAACUUUUCUCAGCCAUUUUCUUGAAGGGUUAAAAAGCAAGGAUAUUAAAACGUUCAAAGAUAAUGGGAUCAAGAGAAGCGAGUCUAUCAACUCGGAGCUCAUAAGAGCUAUUAGGGAAUCAAGAAUUGCUGUCGUGAUCCUAUCUAAGAACUACGCUUCUUCGAGCUGGUGUCUAAACGAGUUGCAGAUGAUCAUGGAGUGCAGGGUAUCUUUAGGGCAAACUGUUAUGACCAUCUUCUACGAGUUGGAACCAUCUGAUGUGAGAAAACAGACCGGAGAUUUUGGGAAGGCCUUUAAGGAAACUUGUGUUGGAAAGACAGAGAAAGAAAAGCAGAGAUGGAGAGAAGCUUUGACUCAAGUUGCAGUUAUUGCCGGAGAACAUUCUUUUUCAUGGCCUAGUGAAGUGGAUAUGAUCUCCAAAAUCAUUAUGGAUAUUUCAAACGAGCUACCUUCUUCAGACUUUCAUCGGUUAGUUGGGAUAGAAACUCAUGUAGAAAAUAUGAAAUCGUUGAUGUGCUUAGAAUCCGAUGAGGUUAAGAUAGUGGUGAUCUGGGGUCCUGCAGGUAUUGGUAAAACCACUAUAGCUAGAGCUUUAUACGAACAAGUGUCAUGUUACUUCCAGCUUAAGCUCUAUAAAGAGACUCUUUACCCAGAGCUUAAUUUUGAGAACGAGCUAUACGCUGGAGUUUUAGAUCAUAGGGGCAUGAAGAUACCUGACUUACAAGAGGCGAAAUUUAGGUUUAAGUACCAGAGAGUCCUUCUCAUUCUUGAUGAUGUCUAUCCCUGGGACCUAAAAGCUUUGGGAAAUCUAAUUCAGGGUCUUAGUUUCGGAAGCAAGGUGAUUGUGACGGUUCAAAAUUUAGAUACAUUGAAGGAUAUCAUGAUCAACCAGAUUUACAAAGUUUCUUACCCAUCGAGUGAAGAGGCUCAACAAAUCUUCUCAUACUCUGCUUUUGGACAAAGCUCUCCACCAAGAGGUUACUUGGAGCAUGCCGUUGAAUUAGCUAAGCUUAUUGCACCUAUUCCACUUUGUCUCAAGGCCUUAGGCUCGGCUUUACGUGGGAAGAACAAAGAGGAGUGGACAAUGGCAUCGGCUAAGCUCAAAACGUAUCGUGACAACAAUGAUGUUGAGAAAGCAAUUAGAUAUGUGUACGAGAGUUUAUCUCAAAAACACACAACUUUAUUAUAUAUGUUAAUGGAUCAGUAUCGGGCUGAGAACCUGAACGACGUCAUACUCUCGCUUGUGGAAAUGGACUGGGACGUGGAGAAAGGAAUACAAACCCUAGCUGAUUUGGCGCUCAUCUCUAUAUCUAGGGAACGUGGAUUCAUAGUACACAGUCUAGUAGCUAAUAUUCACUACAAGAAUCUUAUGUAUAAAAGCCUGCCACAUCAACAUUUUGUAAAGGAUAUGUAUUAUGAUGGUCCAGCAACGCGUUUGGGGGCUACUCGUAGUAAGAAGAGAUUUAUGAGGUUUAACUUCAAUUGUCAAGGUUGCCAAGUUCUGGAGUGUGAUGUACUAUUCUUGGAGCCUCGUCAAUCUCUGGUCCCUUCGAAAAGAGUUGGGUCUAGCUCCCAAGGUCCAAGACCUGCUAAAAGAUCCAAUACACAAGUGUGA